AUGAGCGGCGACAUCAGUCUGUCCCAGUCGCUGGGCGGCCUGCGCAUCGCCAACCCGGACGAUGACGGUACCCCUUCUCCGCCGCCCGCCCCGGUCCAAGGCGAAGCCUCUCCCGCGCCAGCAGACCCGCUGCCCUCCUCCUCCGCCUCGUCCGCCCACACCGUCACUGCUCCCGACGAGCCCCACGAGCCCUCGCACCUCCUCCAGCCCGUGCCGACCGAGUCUUCGACCUCCACCCUAGACUUCAACCCGAGCGCCUUCUCGACCAGUCAGACAUCGCUCACCCUCCCCAAGAGCGCCACACCUCCCGUCCCCGACGACCACUCGCAAUCCUCCGCCCGCCUGAACCACCGUCUGUCCAUGCAAAACAUGCCAAUCGCUCAACAGCCACAACCACAACCAACCCAGUACUCCACCUCCGGCCCGCCGAACCUCUCCCAGCCGUCCCGCAACUAUCCCCCGCCCGCCGCGUCGUCGCGGCCCGCUUCGACCCUCUACAGCCAUCCCAAUGCCUCCGCAAGCUCUGGUGUGUCCAUGCAGGGCUCGUACCGCUACAACGACGUGGGUCUGAUACAACCCUCUGUUCCGGGCAUCAGCAGGAGUAGCUCAAGAGCGGCCGCAGCCGCAAUGCAGGCAGCAGGACUUCCCACACGAGAACCCAGCAGGUCCUAUCGGCAACCACAUCAGCCAAUGGGCGGCAACGGACCUCUUCCUCCACGCCGCGCCUCAAGAAGAAGCCCCAUGGGCCCUGGCACUGCAUACGGACUUGAAGCAUCCAUACCGCAGAGCAGUGAAGAGUGGAAGGAAAAGGGUGCAGCAGUCGGGGUACGGCAAGAAAUGGACGCCAACGGGAAGCCAAUCUCACGGGUGGUCAAGAAGGGCGUGAAAGACUUCAACUUCGGGAGAACAUUGGGAGAAGGUUCAUACAGCACGGUGUUGGCCGCGACAGAUCGACAGACACUUCGAGAAUACGCCAUCAAGGUUCUGGACAAGCGGCAUAUCAUCAAGGAGAAGAAGGUCAAAUAUGUCAAUAUCGAAAAGGACACGCUAAACCGGCUGACGGAGCAUCCCGGCAUCGUCCGGCUCUACUACACAUUUCAAGAUGAGCGGUCUUUGUACUUUGUGUUGGAUCUGGCCACUGGAGGCGAGCUUUUGGGAUUCUUGAAGAAGAUGGGCACGUUCGACGAGGAGUGCGCAAGGUACUACGGCGCACAAAUUCUGGACGCGAUCGACUACAUGCAUUCACGCGGCAUCAUCCACAGAGACCUCAAGCCUGAGAACGUUCUCCUGGAUGACCAGAUGCACGUUAAGAUCACCGACUUCGGUACCGCCAAGAUUCUGAAUGCAAAGACACAGACCGCCGAAGGGCCCCUUGGAGAUCCUCUCGAAGGGGUGGAAAGUGAUCGGGCAGAGUCCUUCGUCGGUACGGCAGAAUACGUCAGCCCUGAACUUCUGACGGACAAAAACGCCUGCAAAGCCAGUGAUCUGUGGGCAUUCGGCUGCAUAGUAUACCAACUCCUGUCAGGACGGCCGCCGUUCAAGGCUGGGAACGAGUACCAAACGUUCCAGAAGAUCGUUAACCUCGAAUACUCGUUUCCGGACUACUUUCCAGAGGCAGCCCGGGACCUCGUCGAGAGGUUACUUGUCCUGGACCCGGCCAAGCGACUUCCCAUCGAGCAUAUCAAGACGCACCAAUUCUUUGACGGCAUUCAGUGGGGGCGCGGGCUGUGGAAACAGAAGGCGCCCAGGCUAAAGCCGUACCAACCUCCGCCUCCUGGACCUAUCAAGCUCAACGGACACGCAAGCUCACUCCCUCCGCACAUGGCGGUGCUUGGUGCCCCUCGCCCAAUCCCCUCGUCAAGCAACAACCCACCCCCACCCAGACCCUCUGCCCGUGUCAUCACAGAACUUCCACCCCCAAGCCAGCUUGACAUCGACUGGUCUCCUGUACUAACCCGGAAUAACGAGCGAAUAUUGAAGCUUGGAAAUCUCAUGGUCACGUCCGCGCCAGCACCCCACAGCCCGCAUGGAGAAUCUUCAGAGGCGCCGAAGAAAUUUUCGCGAUUCUUUGGCGGCAAUACGACCAAGAAGCGCCAACGGCUCGUCAUGAUCACGUCGGCUGCUAGACUUAUUCUCGCCACUGCUGGUGGCGAAGAGAAGAAGGCGAAGAUGGAUCUGUCCCUCUUGGGUGAAGGAACCGCCUGGAGGAGCUACAAGGAUUCCAAGGGCAUCACUGCCUGGUGUAUCGACACGAAGGACAAGCACCUCAUCUUUGAGGAUCCCAAGGCGACCCCUAGUGACCCCGAAGGAAGCAAGUACACGGCGCAGGAAUGGCUCGAUGCUUUGGAACAAGCGAAAGACUUUGCGAAUUCUCAGACCCAUCAAGCACUCUAG